UAAUAUUGACAAUACUUGGCGUUUGUGUCGCAUUUACUAGUGUUAUUAUUCUUUCUCCGAGAAUUUUCCAUAUUAUUUUACCUAUGAAUGUGUCUCUAUCAUAUCGCCUGCCGAUUAGAAUGGAAUAUUUCAUCGAUCAAGAAAAAUACUCUUAUUUGAUUUCAUUACAUAUAAGUAUGGCAAUGUGCAUUGGAACAAUUGCGUUGAUAGCGAUAGGAACAAUAUGUGUUGCGUGUCUACAAUAUAUUUGUGGUAUGUUUAGAAUUUCCAGUUUUCGCAUUAAACGCGCAGUGCACAUCGAUAUGCUACAAAAUAUUAAAGCGACGAAAGGGAAUUUAAUAUUGGAAGGAAUAAUUAGUGCUGUAGAUAUGCAUCGUCAAGCUAUGAAAUUAUGCAGACUUUUGCUAUCCACAAUGGAGACAAUAAUGUUUUGUUUAAUAUUGCUUGGAGUUAUCACUUUAAGUCUUAAUCUCUUUCGAAUUUUUCAGGUUAUCUCAACCGGAGAUGAAUUCAAGGAAUUUAUAAUUCCUCUG